CAGGUGCGGGGGAGAGCUUAAAAUUAGAAGGCCAGCGCAAUAAUUGAACAGGCGGGCACGGCAGGAGGCCCCUCCUAAUCGCUGCCCUGAGCAUGUGUUCCCCCCGUCGUAUUAUAUGAGGAGGAGGAGCUCGAGGUGGUGAUCGAUGCGAGGAGGAGGAGGAGGAUGCUGCUGCCGCUGGUAAUAUAAAGCAGAGGCAGGAGAGGCCGGCCCCUCUGGCCUUGCUGCUCUUCCCCCACCUCCUCCCCCCACAUGCCCUGACCCCCGCCCGGCCCUGCCCUGCUGCGCCCAAGCUGAAUCUUCCCCCGAACAACUAGGGUAGCUGCAUUGGCGGGGAAAGCGCGAGGAGCUCAGCAGCAAUGGCGGAGCAGGAGGGCGCCGGGAGGUACUGGUGCCACAUGUGCGCCGUGGCGGUGAGGCCCGCGGAGGGCGAGCCGGAGAUGAAGUGCCCGCACUGCCACAGCGGCUUCCUCGAGGAGAUGGAGACCGCCCGCAGCGCGGCCGCGGCCGACGGCGGCGAAGGCGGCGGCGCGUUGACCGAGGUGUACCCCGGCGCGGACCGGCCGAGCUCCAUCUGGGCGCACGCCAUCCUGAGCACGGUCGACAGCUCCGUCCGCCGCCGCCGCAGCCGGCGCCAGCAGGAGCCCGGUGGCUUCCUCCACGACUGGGACGAGCACGACUUCACGCGGCGCCGGCGCCGCGUCACCGCGUUCCUGCGCCUGCUGCACGAGCUCCGGGAGCGCCAGCUGCAGCGCCUGGAGGCGGCCGCGGGCGUCGCCAUCGAGGGCGAUCAGCUGACCCCUUUCGGCCGGAGCCUCUUCAUCGGCGCCGCUGGCGGCGGCGGCGAGCAUGGCAUGGCGCUGGGCGACUACUUCCUCGGCACCGGCCUCGACGCCCUGGUGCAGCAGCUGACCGAGGGUGACGCCGGCCGCCAAGGCACGCCGCCGGCCAAGAAGGAGGCCGUCGAGGCGAUGCCAACCGUGGAGAUCGCCGGCGGCGACGGCGACGACGCGGCCAGCUGCCCGGUCUGCCUGGAGGACUACGCGCCCGGCGAGCGCGCCAGGGAGAUGCCCUGCAGGCACAGGUUCCACGCCAACUGCAUCGUGCCGUGGCUCGAGAUGCACAGCUCCUGCCCCGUCUGCCGGUUCCAGCUGCCGGCCGACGACGACAACAAGAGCUCAUGCGGCAGCGGCCCCAACGGCGGUGGCUAUGUCAGCGUCGAUGCUGAUCACGAAGGCAACGACAAUGGCGGCGGGGAUGGCGGGGCAGGCUCUGCUGGCAAUGCCGAGCCAGAGCGCAUCAGCGCCGCCGUUGCGGAAGCCGAAGAGAACAGCAGGCGGCUGCCGGCGACCAUACAGUGGCUCAACAGCGUGUUCUCGCCGUCCGGCGGCAGCAGCAGCAGCUCGCAGCAUUGGGAGGAUUGAGCAAUGACGAUGAUGGCUGCUGGUGCCGGUCGAGCCCAUCGGUGCCCAUGUACAUAGGGAGGAAGCAUGCCGGGUUGGUGCCAUGGAAAUUGGGAGCCUUUUUUUUCAGCGUGUUAGUUUCGCUCAUGUAAUAUUCACUGUGAUACAGUUCUCAUGGUCGUCAAAAGAACAGAUAUGGUUUCUGCAGA